AUGGUCGCUGUUACCGAGCCCGCCGCUCCAGCCCCCUCACCACCAGCAGUCGGCACCUGCAUCGACAAUGGCACCCUCGAACUCGUAGAAAUACUCGGCUACGGAGGUUAUGGUGUCGUCUAUCGCGCAGUCGAUAUUUUCUCGCCAGACAUCUCAUACGCGGUCAAGUGUCUGCCUCAUUCCCGGAAGCGCAACGCUGAGCGUCAGCGCCAGCUGCACUUGCGCGAGAUCAUGCUGCAUCAGCUCUCGUCCGCCCAUCCAAAUGUUGUCACGCUCCACCGCGUCAUCGAAGACUUCAAUUACACUUAUCUUGUCAUGGACUACUGCCCUGACGGCGACCUCUUCACCCAGAUUUUGCACAACCGCCGAUAUCUGGGCAGCAAUAAACUUAUCAAGGAAGUCUUCCUCCAGCUGCUUGAUGCGGUUGAAUAUUGCCAUAGCUUGAAUAUUUAUCAUCGCGACUUGAAGCCAGAAAAUGUCUUGUGUUUCGAUGGCGGGAAGCGUCUUGCCAUCACUGAUUUCGGACUCGCCACGACAGAGAAGAUGAGCACCGAGUUCCGCACGGGCAGUGUGUACCAUAUGAGUCCGGAAUGUCAGGGUGGAUAUUUUGCUCCGACGAAGUCAUACUCACCGCUCUUUAACGACAUCUGGUCGCUCGGUAUCAUCCUCCUGAACCUGAUCACGGGGCGGAAUCCCUGGAAGUCCGCGUCCGUGGAGGACUGCACGUUUCAGGCAUACCUCCAGGACCCGAUGCACUUCCUCCCCACCGUGCUCCCCAUCUCUGAGGAGGUGAACCUCCUGCUCUCUCGGACGCUCGAAGUCGAUUGGCGACGCCGGAUCACGCUGCGGGAGAUGCGUCUGUCGAUCAUGGUUAUCGAUAACUUUUAUUCGCCCGACGUCCUGUUCGAGGAUAGCAUGGCGCGCUGUCCGUGGGAGGCGGGCAUCCAGGUCGAUACGGACAGCGAGUCAUCGGAGGAGGAGGAGGAGCCGGAGCCGGAGCCGGAACCGAAGGAGCUGCCAGAGGCACAGGACGAGGGUAUCGCGUCGACGUGGAGCAAUGAUUCGGAGUCAGACAUGGUGUUCGCGACACAGUCAGUGACGGACAAGUCGUCUUGGGCGUAUUCGGAGUCAUAUGCGAAGCGCGACUCGUACGCGCGGUCCAUGUCACCCUCGCCAGAUUCCCCGCUCUUCACGACGACGAAGUUGUUCGAGAUGAUGAACACCCCCAGCGCUGUGUCUGCGUAUUCGAUCCUGUCGUCUUCGCCGUCAAUACCGUCGCUCCCUGUUACCCCUGAAGGCGGCGAGAGUCUGCAGCCGGCAGAUUCGCGACGACCGAAGGCCCUCACGCUUAACACGGCCGAUUGUCACCCCAGCUACUACGACAGCAGCGCCAUGAUGCUGUCCGCACGGUCAUCGACCAUGCACACAGCCUUGGACUCAGCCUCGCAGUUUGACUCAUAUGGGUACUGUUCGAUCUUUGCCGAAACUAUGCCCACAAAGGCCUCGCUGCUCCUCGACUCCACACAGGACAUUGGCAUGAUCACAACGCCCAUUACAGCCGAGGAACACAUGGACACGAAGUCGAUGUGCUCAUACCCGACGAUUGACGCAGACCAGUCCAUGGACAGCGCACGUCCCGAAUCCCCCAUCCUCGGCUUGUCAACAGGCGUGAACACAGCGGUGAAGCCAGAGGCAGAUUGGGAGCAGGCACCUCUGUCUGCGUAUUCCUUUCUGACGUUCUCCAGCACCCCUGCAACCUCCCCAAGAACCGAGCAGCCCUGGCCGGCAUUCUCGUUCCUUUCCUCCCUCGUGCCACACUCUGAGCACACACCAAAGGGCUCUUUCCGCACAGACACCCCCCCAUUGCCGUCGCGCCCACCUCUGUCGCCGCAUGCGCACGACAGGAAAUCGCGCGCGUCCACAUUUAUGCGACCGAUCAAGCUCGCAUUCACCCGGCGGGCAUCCUCGCACGACACACACUCCACGAAGGGCCGCCUGAGCCGCACGAUGCAGACCGAGUCUGUGCCGACACUCGUCGGGCCCAACUGGGUCUUCACCGCGUCCACGUCCAGGUCUCCGUCGCCGCAGCCCCACCGAUGCCUGCCAUCCUCGGAGAAGGACGCGCCACGUAAGAAGUUCGCGGACAGCGAGGGCCUGCGCCGGCGGCGGAGGCGGCUACGGUCUCCGCGAGCGUGGUUCUCGUCGGGCAAGCUCUUCGCCUCCGUGCUCCAAUCAUAG